AUUGAUUUUCUUUCUUUUUUUCUUCUUCUUUUUUGUGAGAUAUUAAAACGGUUUUAACAAUUUGUUACUACUUAAAUUAAAGACAUUAAACUUGUACAGUUCGUCUGGUUCGACCUCACCAAAAUGGCCGUCGCUCCGGUACCGUUUCUCCCUCCUCCACGUUUUUUACGGUUGCUAGGCAACUUCAAAACGCCGAGCGGAAUGGCCGAGGAGCUGAAGUGCAACCUGAAGAGGUCGGACCGCAACGUGUUUGGGAAUGUUCCCGCUUCCACUCGGCUCCUUGUCGUUUCUCAGUGGACUUUAAUCGAAAUGCGACCUGUUAGUUAACUCCUGUUAGCCGAUAGUUGUCAAGAAGUUGUAAUUUGAUUAUCCAGGUUAGCUUCUGAGCGUGCUGAUCUGCUCUGGAGACGUGUAUCUACACAACGGAACAAGGAUAUUUUCAUUAUCAUUAUUAUUAUAAUUUCAAAAAAAGGGGCUUUUCUCUGCUCCACAAGAAAAUAACUGAGGAGUGAAUGUGAAGACAUGGGGUCGGAGGCGGUGAAGGUGGUGGUGAGGUGCAGGCCCCUGAAUGACAGGGAGAAGGCUCUCAGCUCCAAGAUGGUGCUGACCAUGGACCUGCAGCGUUGCCAGUGCUUCAUAGAAAAACCUGGUGCAGCAGACGAGCCACCGAAACAGUUCACCUUCGAUGGGACCUACUACACCGAUCAAACAACUGAGCAGAUGUACAAUGAGAUCGCCUAUCCUUUGGUUGAGGGUGUCACUGAAGGAUACAAUGGCACGAUUUUUGCCUAUGGACAAACUGGAAGUGGCAAGUCUUUCACCAUGCAGGGGGUGUCCGAGCCCAUGGCUCAGAAGGGCGUCAUCCCACGGGCCUUUGAACACAUCUUUGAGAGCAUUCAGUGUGCAGAAAAUACAAAGUUCCUGGUGAGGGCCUCUUACUUGGAGAUUUACAAUGAAGAAAUCAGAGACCUUUUGGGAAGUGACACCAAACAGAGAUUAGAGUUGAAAGAGCACCCAGAGCGUGGCGUGUAUGUGCGGGACCUCUCCAUGCACACCGUGCACAGUGUGGGGGAGUGCGAGAGAAUCAUAGAGCAAGGCUGGAGGAACCGCGCAGUGGGCUACACACUGAUGAACAAGGACUCCUCCCGCUCCCACUCCAUCUUCACUAUUCACCUGGAGAUCUGCAACACCGAUGGAGCUGGGCAGGACCAUUUGCGCGCUGGAAAACUCAACCUCGUGGACCUGGCAGGAAGCGAGCGUCAGUCUAAAACGGGUGCUACUGGCGAGCGACUCCGGGAGGCCACAAAGAUCAACCUCUCCCUCUCAGCUCUGGGCAACGUCAUCUCGGCCCUGGUGGACGGGCGGUCCAAAUACAUCCCCUAUAGGGACUCCAAGCUGACCAGGCUGCUGCAGGACUCUUUGGGAGGAAACACGCGCACCUUGAUGAUCGCCUGCCUCUCGCCCGCAGACAACAACUACGAGGAAAGCCUGAGCACUCUGCGGUACGCAAACAGAGCCAAGAGCAUCCAGAACAGACCUCGUAUCAAUGAGGACCCCAAGGACGCUCUGCUGCGAGAGUAUCAGGAGGAGAUCAAGAAGUUGCGGGCUCUCAUCUCAGGCCAACUGGGGGCCGCUGACCUUUCAUCUCUGCUGUCUGGUCGGUCUGCUGAGGUGUCCCAUGCUGUUCCUUCAAGGCCACAACCGAGCAACACCGAAGCAAAGAAGGAAGGGAUUAAAGAGGACUACGAAGAGAGGCUGGCAAAGUUGCAGGCUGACUACAAUGCUGAGCAAGAAUCCAAGGCAAAGCUGCAGGAGGACAUUGCCGCUCUGCGCUCCUCCUAUGAAUCAAAGCUGACUGAUCUGGAGAAGGCCCGAGCCAGCAGAGGGAGCUGUGUCCCUAAGAAUGGUUUGACAUCAGUGAACUCCGGUUGCGUGAUGCAGGUUGCUGAGGAGGAGCUCUGCAACAACACCGAUCCCAUGUGCCACAGUACAACUGCAGAAACACACUUGACUGAGCCUGAUUUACCUUGUGCAGCACCAGCAGCUGCUGUCAAAAAAGCUCUGGAUGGAAAUGGGUUCACAGAGUCAAGUGAUGUCUCUCAAGCAGAGCCUCUGGACCAAAAACAUGUGCUGGAAAGACUACAGCAGCUGGAGCAGGUGUUGGUUGGAGGCGAACAGGCCCGGAACAAAGAGCUGCAGCAGAGACACCGACAGAGGAAGAACCUCGCUGACCAGAGGAAAGUUCAGCUUAUCCACGCCCUGUCCGAGAACAGCGAAGAGAGUGAAAGUGUGCUGCUGAAUGUCUACAACUCCAUCCAGGAAGAAGUCCAUGCCAAAAACCAGAUGCUGGUCAAAGUCCAGGGCAAGCUGAAAGCAGCCAAACUGGAGAUCCGUGACCUCCAGGCAGAGUUUGAGGUGGAGAGGAAUGACUACCUGGCGACCAUCCGCCGGCUGGAGAGGGAAGGCCAGCUGCUGCACAGCCUCCUGGAGCGUAUGGUGCCCCUGGUGCGCCGCGACUGCAACUACAGCAACCUGGACCGCUUGAAGAAAGAGGCUGUCUGGGACGAGGACAGCGCCACCUGGAGGCUGCCGGACGUGACGGUUCAGAAAACAACUUUGCCCUCAGCAGUGGCUCCAAAACCUUCAGGUUACAGAGGCUCAGGUCCUGAUACUGGAGAUUCACUUAUGCAGGAGGAAGAGGACCGGUACAAGGAAAUGCUGAACCGAAGUGACAGUGAGAGCAUUGCCAGCAGCUACUUCAAGUCAAAGAGAGCCACCCAGCUGCUGGGAGGGGACACUAUCAAGGGACACACCAUCCACUCUCCUCCCCUGGUCAACGUGCCAGCCCACCUCUCCGUGAGCGGCUCCAACGUGAACCCGCCCGCCAGCUCAGACUCCGUCAUGCCUCGUCCUUUCCGCCUGGAGUCGCUGGGUGUCCCGCUCUCCAAUGUUAACAGGAACAGACAGAAAACAACAAGGAACUCUCCGAUACAAGAAAAUUCAGCAUUGUGCAAAGGCAAGUGACAUUAUAAUAGUUUUAAUAUAAAUAACACCACAUGUCACAGAGAAUUAUUGCGGAAAUAAUACUGUUCCUUGAGACAAAUAUACGUUAGCUAACCGUAGUCAUGUAUCAUCUGCUAACGUUAGCAUGCUAACCGGCUAACCCAUUAACUUGACGUUAACUGCUCAUUUCUAAAAACAUUUCGCGCACAUUUAACCUUCGAUAAAACACGCUAGUUGUCAACAGACAGCUCGUUAUGCGACGGGGCACAAAAAGGGCUACGACAACGAGUUAAGUUGUUUA